AUGUAUUACCGAAGUAACUUAUUUCCAAAGAAGCUCAUCCAAACCUACUCCGUAUUCCCAAACCAAGAAGAGACGUCCGAUGUCGUGGUUCAGCCUUACAACUCGUUGCUUACUCUGAAGAGGCUAACACAGAAUGCAGACUGCGUCGUGGUUCUUGAUAACACGGCUCUACACAGAAUUGCUGCUGAGAGACUCCAUCUUGAGACGCCAAAUUUCGCCCACAUAAAUCAGUUGGUUUCCACGGUGAUGUCGGCCAGCACAACCACCCUUAGAUACCCGGGCUACAUGAACAAUGAUCUGAUUGGUCUGAUUGCAUCUCUAAUCCCCACGCCCAGACUUCACUUCCUGAUGACAGGAUACACACCUCUCGCCACAGACUCACAGACUGCCAGUGUCCGUAAGACCACAGUGCUAGAUGUGAUGAGAAGGCUACUUCAGCCCAAGAAUAUGAUGGUGUCCACUCCUGUCCAGAGACAAGCCAAUCACUGCUACAUCUCCAUACUGAAUAUUAUACAGGGAGAGGUUGACCCCACACAGGUCCACAAGAGUUUACAAAGAAUUCGAGAGCGAAAGUUGGCCCAGUUCAUUCCCUGGGGUCCCGCCAGUAUCCAGGUGGCGCUGUCGCGGAAGUCGCCUUACAUCCAGUCUGCCAAUAGAGUCAGCGGCCUCAUGAUGGCCAAUCAUACGAGUAUAUCUUCAUUAUUUUCCCGUACUCUAAGUCAGUAUGACAAACUGAGGAAAAGAGAAGCAUUCCUGGACCAGUUUAAGAAGACAGAGAUGUUCAAAGACAACCUGGAUGAGUUUGACGCCUCACGGGAAGUACUGCAGCAACUGGUUGAGGAAUACCAGGCAGCAACAAAACCAGAUUAUAUAUCAUGGGGCACACAGGCAGGCGUGUAGCUGAGAAGUCUGGAAGAUUUUGAGGAUUUCAGUGAACUCUUUAUAAUACACCACACAUGAAAACAUUAAACAGGUCAUUAUAAACUUGACUAGAGCACAGCUGAGCUUUGCUGGUAACAAGAACUGCAAAAUGAGUUUUAAUCAUCGCUUGCUUUGAUGGCAUCAACAGAAAUGACCUGAUUCUUGGUGUCUUUCUCCAUAGAAAGAUUUACUGGGAGUUCAUGUCAAGAUGUCUGUGUAUAUAUCGAGAGAAAUUGUCCAGUUUGUCGGGGUAAGACAGUGGUUAUUCCCACUCCUCUCUAAGAUUACCCUACAGGUAUAUCAUCUUGAACACUUCGUGGUGUUGUUUGUGUAAAGAAAUAAACACCAUAAUGAGAAAAUAUUGGCAUGGAUGGUGUAGAGAACUGUAAAUCAUCUUGGGCAUGUUAAAUUGGCUGUUGAAUAGAAAUGAAAGCCAUUUUGAACAAUUCUAAGGACAUUUUGACACGGCUGGACCUUGUGUUGAGUUGACGUGGCUGGUGGCUCUGUUUGCAUGCCUCAGAUGUCCUGGGGUUUUAAGAACAUCCUCACGAAUAAUCCCGGAUUCAAAACUUUAUGGUUUGUAGACACUUAAUGUACUUGGAACCAUAGAAGGCAAUUGUCUAAUGCUAUGAAUACAGAAAAAAAUAUCUGUGGUGAAUGGCCAAUUAAAAAGUUAACUGUUAUGGUAAGGAAGUAUCUGUCCUUUGAUUUUAAAUAAUUUAUUAUAUUUACAUAUAUAACAUUUGGCCAAGUGUCAGAUAUCUGAAUAGCUUAAAAA